AUGAAUCUCAUCACCACCAACCUUCCCAUUCUGUAUCUCACCACCAUCCCUCCUCACCUGCAGACACACACCACCACCAUCAUCACCAUGACGAUCACCACAGCCCAUCAAGCCAUUCUAAGGAGAACUCUCCUGACGCUUCAGGAGCAAAAUGAGGAUCUGCACCACAGUUUGCUCCAGACUGCCGUGCGAAUGGAGUGCAUGGGGACGGAGUUUAAGAGCAGUCACCAGCUCCUUGAGUCAGAACUACAGAACACGCGUGUGGAGCUGAGUAGCCUCCUGGACAAAUUCAAAAGACUUAGGGAUAACUACUCCUACACUCAACAGACCAAUAAUCUCUUGGAGCGGAAGCUUCAUUCAGUGGCUCAGAGUAUGGACGGGGAGCGUGAGCAUCUGAACCAGCGCAUCACAGCCCUGACAGAUCAGCUGUCCUCAGCCAAGACCACCAUCCACAGCAUGGAGACUAUUAACGUAACAUCCUUGCUACAGGAAGCCCUCGACAAACAUUUCCACCCAGAUGAUUCUGUCAAUCAAUUCCUUCUCCCUGUUGCCCCCCCUCCAGUCCAAUUCAUGGAUAGUCAUCAUUAUGGAAAGGUCACCACCAAAGGGGAAGACCUAUCGCUGGGAACAUUGCCAGAAGAGGAGGAAUCUGAUUGGUCAGAGAUGGGGGAUGAGGCUCCAAAAUGCGUUCUGAGGUCAGCGGGAGGUCAUCAUGGUGGCACAGCGUUUCAACCGUGGAGACAGGAGCGUAUUUGCUGGGCAGGACAGGGAGAGGGAGACACAGAGAGUGAGUCAGGGGGUGAGGAGAUUGUCAGACAACACCCUCCCCCCUCCCUACAGAUCCCCCAUCUCCAUGUCACCAUUCACUCUGAGACCUUACCAGCCCCCAUGGAUGAUGUCACCCUCACCACCAGCUUCAAGAACUCAGCUUAUGGCCCAACAGAGGAGGACGGGUACAGGGUCACUGCGAGCCGCAAACUGGGCUCUCCCAUCCGCAUCCUGUCAGCCAGUCUGGAUGAGAUUCCCUCCUCCAGGAGACAGAAGAACAGGCAGGAGGAGCACCAUGGCCAGCUGAAGGGCACAGAGGCCAUGAUGGACCUCCACCAACCAGAGGACGGUACCAUGGACGACUCAGAAGAUGAGAUCAUCCGUAACUGGAGGACAAGGAGCGAGGACAUGGGUGUGGAUGUCAGGGAGGUAGAUCCUGGCAGCAGUUUGGACAACCUGCAGUCGGCCCAAAAUAUGCUCAACCACUUCAUCUGCCAGCUGCAGCCCAGUGUGGAGGAGGGGCGGGGCUGGACUGGAGGGGUGCCGGAUGAAGUGCUAAAUGGGGAGAGAACACAGCUGUGACACCUGAUCUCUUCACAGAGACACAGAUGUGGACAGGUGUCGACUGGGUUGGUGGUUACUGAAGUAAGCAUGAUUUUGAUAACAUUUGAUAUUCAUAAUUCACCUUUGAGUAUGUUGUAUUUUGAACAUAAAGCAACAGAAUUGACCACUUGAAUAAUAAUACUUUUAAUUAUAAUUAUUUAAAUUUUCAUCUGAUUUAAAACGUUUUCAGGGGUAAAUAACAGGGCCCCAAAGAGUAUUCAUCAUUAAAAACAAGUAAGAUAAAGAAACUGUUUCAAACAUAGUGUUUUCCUCUUUUUGAAGAUAUUAAGUAAUUAACGCCUGCUAAGAGCUGUAAUGGCAAGCGGCCCAAGUUGGAGAUCCUCAGCUCCACAUUUUAAUAUUUGUGAUAUUUUUCUCGAUUCAUAAUCAAAGACAUGUCCUGAGGUCUUUUUUUCCAGUAUGCAGGGAUUUGGCUUUGAUGUCCUCCAGAGGUAACAUCAAACAAAAAGCAUGUGGCUUUGAUUUUCCCUGUUCCCUCACUCUGGGAAACCCUGUCCUAGGCUUCACUCCUGUCUCAUCAUAGCAGACCACAGCCGAAUCCCACCCUUGUCUCUGGAUUAUAUAAUAAUAGAUCCUUUCAGAACCUCUUGUGCAUAAUUCAUUAUAAUGGUUUGUGUUUUUCCCUCAGUGCAUGUUAGAUAAGAAGAGGAGUGUUUCAUAGAAUUUAGGUCCUUAGGUAAGAUGUAAGACAUGCUGAUAGACUUUGUUUAUCCUCAUACGUUAAUUCACCUGCAGAUAUAGAAAUAAUACCAGGUCUAAUCUGUACAGUGUAUAGUCAAAUAUUUAAUAACAUACAGUAUAAAUAGUGCCCGUUGGACCGUCACUGGGGAUGGGAAACAAUAUAUUUUAAGUCAGGUUUUAAUUGAUGGAGAUAAAAUGAAAACAGAACCAUUUGAUACGUUUUUAUGAAUUUUGCCGAUGGAUCUGUGUGGUCUGGUGUGAAUGGUUCCAACUGCUAGAUAGUUUUCUCCUUCCAUGGGGAAAACAAAAAAAAAGAAACAUAUUUAUUCUUCUUGCAUGAAAACUAUGUUUUAUCUUGAAAAUAUUGAUGUUUAUGUACAUGCAAACUACAGUAUGUUUUAUAUUUUAAUAUUGAUGUUUGUGUACAUGCUGUAGUCUCCAUAUUGAUAUUAUGGCAAAAACCACAAGACAAAAUGUAAAUCUGAAUCACCAUUUCUCAUUGUGGUCACCACAGGCAUGCAACAGUCAGUUGAGAGAUGUAUGAUAUAAGCAAUGUUAUGCCACAUGAAAUGUCAGUUUUGUCCUGUAGGGGAUUUUCCUCUGGUGACCAUAAUAAAAAACACUGAGCGUACAAAACAUUAGGAAACCAUACUAAUAUUGAGUUUCACCUCCUUUGGCCCUCACAACAGCCUCAAUUCGUCAGGGCAUGGACUUUACAAGGUGUGAAAGCGUUCCACAGGGAUGCUGGCCCAUGUUGACUCCAAAUGUUCAAAAUUCAGAAGGCACUCGCACAUCUGAGCAACCUUUUUUUGCAGGUGCAUGGUAACAGUUGACUAAAAUGAGAAAAAAUGAAGAAACCCGCACACUGCUCUUUAAUAAGGUCCACGUACCGGCCUCAAGGCCCUCCAAUGCUUCCCACAGUUGUGUCAAGUUAGCUGGAUGUUCUUUGGGUGGUGGAUCAUUCUUGAUACACACAGGAAACUGUUGAGCGUGAAAAACCCACUAAUGUUGCAGUUCUUGACACACUCAAACUGGUGCGCCUGGCAUCUACUACCAUACCCUGUUCAAAGACACUUAAAUCUUUUGUCUUGCUCAUUCACCCUCUGAAUGGCACCCAUACACAAUCCAUGUCUCAAUUGUCUCAAGGCUUAAAAUCCUUCUUUAACCUGUCUCCUCCCCGUCAUCUACACUGAUUGUAGUGGAUUUAACAAGUUGCAUUAACAAGGGAUCAUAGCUUUCACCUGGAUUCACCUAGUCAGUCAAGGAAAGAGCAGGUGUUCAUAAUGUUUUGUACACUCAGUGUAUUGAGAUGGAUCGGAGGGGCAUAUAGAGAGAGGGUGUGUCGGGAAUAUAUAUUGCUAUUUUGAACCAAAAUCAUAGUCAGUGUGUCACGUGUCAAAACGUAAUGAAAGCACAGUGUGUUGUGAUGACUGUACUGCCAUGCCUCCUUCUGCCUCCCCCUCCAAUCCAUACCUUUAUCCUUAAUGGUGUAUUGCAGGACCAGUAGUUUGUGAUAGAGUUCCACUAUAUAGAUUACGUUCUAUAAUGUUUGUAUAUAUUACAUAUUUAUUAUUUAGAAAUAGCUGUUGCUUUCACCAUAUGUCUCCCUGUUCUAUAUCCCUAGGUUGAACUUCAUUAACCAUGCACGAUAUUACAGAGCUGUGUAGAACUACUACUGUCUGUGUUUGUUAUCCUUGUGUUGUGUACUGCACAUGUGUCUGAAUGUUCUCAAUAAAUAUAGUCAUCUAUAA